CAGAUGUCGAAUUAUUUGAACUCUUCGGUGGGCGGACAGGCGGCCAAUGCCUAUGAUAAGACAAGCAUGGACAUAGAUGCGAAGUUCCUUCGCGAAAAUGAAAUACUUGAGCUGCAGCAUGAGCUGAAGAAUAGCCGGCAUGAGGAGGAGAGACUCAAGAUUUCAAUUUCGAUGCAAGAAGGCGCGAUUCACCGCAAUCAGCAACAGCUGCAAGAGUUCAGGCUCUACAUGUCCAAAAGAGACGCCCAGAUCAGGGACAUAUUGCAAGCAGAGAAUCGUCGCUUUCAGAAUGUCCUUGAGGAGUACAAAGAGCGAUUUGCUCGUGAACGUGCAAGGUUACAGGAAGCCAUCCAGACUUCAAGCAAGUGCAUUCGUGUUGUCUCUGAGAUUUUGCCAGAAUGCCUGGCUGCAGAAAAAGAAUUAUUUGAAACCCCCAUCGAAAGCAUUCCCAGACAAUCCGUCAAUCUCCCAGCAUGGACAACUUCUCUCAGCAUGGAUGAUUACAGCCUAGGGGGUUCACUUGGAGGCUCUAUGCUCUCUGAGAAGGCGAGCAGGAGUGAAACUAUGUUCACUUGAGACCUUAUGUCAGUCCCGGAGUGAUCUGAAGCUUGAACUCUUCCAUAGGCUCAGACUCCUUGGAAGGGCCACUGAAAGAAUGGACCAAAGUUUUAAUAUUUAAAAGGGAGGAUAACACCUACAUGAAUAGAAUAGCGCCUUCUGUGCGUUACAAUGAAGUCAUUCAUUCAUCC